AUGGGGGGUUUGCGUGUCUCGGGGGUCACUGCAGGUGACACACGGGCCUCCCGGAGGUCUCGGAGCAGACGAGACGAGCGGCGCUGCGGUGCAGAGCGGCCGGAAGUGGGCGCCCACGUGACCGCACCCGGAAGCGGCGGCGCGGCGGCACCGGGGGCCAUGAGCAGCGGGACCGGGAACGAGACCGGAGACGGGAACGGGGCUGGGGCCGAGCGGCGGGUCCGCAUCGUGGUGGAGUAUUGCGAGCCCUGCGGCUUCGAGGCCACGUACCAGGAGCUGGCGAGCGCCGUGCGCGACGAGUACCCCGACAUCGAGAUCGAGUCACGCCUGGGGGGCACUGGUGCCUUUGAGAUUGAAAUCAACGGGCAGCUGGUCUUCUCCAAGCUGGAGAACGGGGGCUUUCCCUACGAGAAGGACCUGAUCGAGGCCAUCCGCAGAGCCCGCAAUGGGGAGCCCCUGGAGAAAAUCACCAACAGCCGCCCCCCCUGCGUCAUCCUGUAGCCCCCCAGGGACAGCAGGGUCCCCCCACGCUGCCCAUGGUUGCUUUCCUUAAAUCCCUGCACCACUGGGGGGGCUCAGGAGCCUCCUGGGGACCCCCACAGGUGGCACUGGGGGGUCACUCUGUCCCCUGCCCGACCUGCUGUGGGGUGGAGCUGUGGGUUGGGGGGGGUCUCCCACCUGCCUUUGCCUUCCCCCCCUCAUCAGCUGCACCUCCCUGAGGGGCACAGGGUUGGCAUCCCCAUUUCCCUGUGCUGGCCUCUCCCCUCCCUGACCCCCCAGGAAUCUGGGGGGUCUCCCAUGAAUGGGGGGCCAGCGUUGGAGCAACUCCCAGCAGGUUAAUUCCAAGGGGAAUCCACUGGCUGUAACUUGCCUGGGCUCUGUUAAUGAUUAAAGUCCCUCUGGCACUGUUUAAUCCGGGGCAGGGGCUGGCCAUGGGAACCCCAGCCUGGCCCCACAGCCACAGGUGUGUUCACAUCCCCCCUCCCCAUUCCCAGGCUCCCAGCUCCUGCUUCCUGCCUGGAAUGUCCCUGCCCUUGGCCUCGGGGCAGGGGGGGUCCCCUAUUUAUUCUAUACUGUGUAUAAACCCAACGGCCUGGGUGGAAUAAAGGAUGGAGAAUGUG